UAACUCUUGAAAAAACAGGAGCAAACCUCACAUAUUAAGAACAUUUUUAAAUUAAGUUCCUCUAAAAUGCUGCCUUUUAAAAUAUCAGUUUGAAAACUGUAGAAAUAAUUCCCUUAAAUGUUCCCUUAGUAGUUUUCAGAGAGAUGUGCUAGGCAGUAUUGUUAACUAAAGAAAAUAAGUCUAUCAGUUCCACUUAGAUAACCUUUGGUAAUAAACGAACUCCAUACACGUUGUGACCUUAGAGCCUGAACUUUGUAAUCACAUGACUGGCUUGUAAACUGACCUGUUAGGAUGACUGUCGUAGUCGUAGUCCAGGCUUAGAGAGAGAAAUUGACCAAGUGUCGGAAGGGUGGUCAUCAAGCUGGACUUGUCCUGUAAUCUCUGUUUCUUCAUGGCUGCAAUAGCGCUUCUCAUCAGACUCGGAGAAGCAUGAAAUGGAGACAUGGGAAGUUUCUGUUUCAGAUGAUCGGGCUGAACAACGAACCUGUCUCAUUUGUGGGGACCGCGCUACAGGAUUGCACUAUGGAAUCAUCUCCUGUGAAGGCUGCAAAGGGUUUUUUAAGCGGAGCAUUUGCAACAAACGGGUGUAUCGAUGCAGUCGUGACAAGAACUGUGUCAUGUCUCGGAAGCAGAGGAAUAGGUGCCAAUACUGCCGCCUGCUCAAAUGCCUCCAAAUGGGGAUGAACCGUAAGGCUAUCAGAGAAGAUGGCAUGCCUGGAGGCCGGAAUAAGAGCAUUGGGCCAGUCCAGAUAUCAGAAGAAGAGAUUGAAAGGAUCAUGUCUGGGCAGGAAUUUGAGGAAGAGGCCAAUCACUGGAGCAACCAUGGUGACAGUGAUCACAGUUCCCCUGGAAACAGGGCUUCAGAGAGCAACCAGCCUUCACCAGGUUCCACACUGUCCUCCAGUAGGUCUGUGGAACUAAAUGGAUUCAUGGCAUUCAGGGAGCAGUAUGUGGGGAUGUCCGUUCCUCCACAUUAUCAGUACAUACCGCACCUUUUUACCUAUUCUGGGCAUUCGCCACUUCUGCCCCCACAAGCUCGAAGCCUCGAUCCCCAGUCGUACAGUCUGAUUCACCAGCUGGUAUCAGCUGAGGACCUGGAACCACUGGGCACGCCCAUGUUGAUCGAAGAUGGAUAUGCUGUGACUCAAGCAGAGCUGUUUGCCCUGCUUUGCCGCCUGGCCGACGAGCUGCUCUUUCGGCAGAUUGCCUGGAUCAAGAAACUGCCUUUCUUCUGCGAGCUCUCAAUCAAGGAUUACACGUGCCUCUUGAGCUCGACGUGGCAAGAAUUAAUCCUGCUAUCCUCUCUCACCGUUUACAGCAAGCAGAUCUUUGGGGAGCUGGCUGAUGUCACUGCCAAGUACUCACCCUCUGAUGAAGAACUACACAGAUUUAGUGAUGAAGGAAUGGAGGUGAUUGAGCGGCUCAUCUACCUGUAUCACAAGUUCCAUCAGCUAAAGGUCAGCAAUGAGGAGUACGCUUGCAUGAAAGCAAUUAACUUCCUCAAUCAAGAUAUCAGGGGUCUAACCAGUGCCUCACAGCUGGAGCAGUUGAACAAACGAUACUGGUACAUUUGCCAGGAUUUCACUGAAUAUAAAUAUACACAUCAGCCGAACCGUUUUCCUGACCUCAUGAUGUGCUUACCUGAGAUUCGCUAUAUUGCAGGAAAGAUGGUGAAUGUACCCCUGGAGCAGCUGCCCCUCCUCUUUAAGGUGGUGCUGCAUUCCUGCAAGACAAGUGUGGGCCAGGAGUGACCUGUUCCCAGUGCCCUGCUCAGGCCACACCGGCGCACUGGCUGGGCAGGAGAGGCUCCGGAAGGAAGAGCCAGAGACCAAGACGAGGCUGUGGCACAGCGUUUGCGGUUGCCUCCGCAGCCAGAAGAGUGUUUGUUUGUGUGUCUGUUUUAACCUCAUUUUUCUAUAUAUUUAUUUCACGACAGAGUUGAAUGUAUGGCCUUCAACAUGAUGCACAUGCUCCUGUGUGAGUGCAGCAGAUGCAUCUCCUUGCAGUUGGCAGACUGUGAAGAUGUUUAAUGUUACAGUGUUGUCAUUGUUUAGAGAUAGUUCUUUUGUAUUUCGAGGGAGAGGGUGGGAUGGGGCUGAGAUGACUAUCUCCAUAACGUUGACAAAGACAACUACCUCAGUGGGAAAGCGGGGGUGUGACCACCCCUACCUUUUCUGCGUUUUCUCGGCAGACUCGUGCAUGAUGUGUCUGUCAGAGAGCACACUGCCUUUUUCUAGCCACAGAAUUGCCAGGUAAAGAACCUCACCAGAAAGGGGCACAGUGUUAGGAAGCGUACUGAGCAGCGUGGGUGAGACGCUGGGAACGGCAGGCAAGGGCUGAGCCAGCUCUUUGCUUUGGGAGGCAUGAAAGUAAAGAGUAGGGCCAGCUGGCCAAAUCUCAGCAGAUCCCCCCCGCCCUGCGAGUCCUAUGGGGAGAGGGGCUUCUGCUCUCACACCUUGCUGCGCCUCGCCACCGGCACCACCCUGUCAGGUCUGCCCCUUGCGUUUUCAUCCUGGCACAGUCCUAGCAGUCAGCCCGCUCCCAUGGGGCACACAGCUCCCUCGUCUCCUUCCCUGGGUCUGCUGAGACCUAACUUCCUUGGACCCUUCCUUCUCCCUUACAAACUUGACUUCUGUCGGUCCAUCGAAAAACUGAGAAAAGUGCUGUGUUCUGGUUCCUAGUACCCUCUACUGAUUUAUUCUCCUUUAGCUGGUUUUCUUCAAAGGGUAGUGGUGCAAAGGCCAGACUGCUAAAAGAAUGAACACUCCUUUCCCCCUAUUCCGCAUCCCACCCUCAGGACCAAAUCUAAAACUAUCUCUGUUUUAAAUAGUAGAAAGGGCAAUUAGCCUCUGCUGACUAGAAUGUUGCCUCUGCAUUCUAGUCAGUUUUUCCUAAUCUCUCCAGGAUGAGACCAGGUUUCCUCAGGGCCCCAGAGCUGACAGCCCAAGGCCCAGAGUGGCCCAGCUACCCCUUAGAGAGGCCUGGAGGGCCGGAGCCGUAAGUAGGUGGAAGGGAAGGGGAGCUUUAAACUACCUCAUAUUCUAAAGGGCCUGCUGCCGCCUCUGCAGGGAUGGCGUGGACCUCUGCUGCUGCUACUACUGCCCCACCUCGUCCUAGGAAGUGUUCUUGACCCUCUCGACUUUGGCCAGGGCCACGCUAGAUCAGUCUUGGAACUCUUUCAGAUGCUUUUUCCUUCUCUGCCUUAAUAUAGCAAUUGCUGUCGCCUACACCCAGGUGUCGCCCACAGCCAGCGUGGCAGACAGACCACUUAGCUGGGGCCAUCCCUUGGUGUGCUUGAGGGGCCCACAGCACCUUUCCUGACGAUUUAGUCAAAGGCUGUUUGCUCUCUCCCCAACUCAGCCUAUAAAACCUGCCCAGGGGGCUGCUACACCUACACUGUGUACCCAUUGAGUAGUCCCUGUCUGGUUGUAAUUUUUUUUUCCAGUGAAAUGUUACGGGUACCACCAGAGUAAUGAUUUUUGUUCUUUGAUGGAUCUGAAACUCAGAGCAUUACUCCUCAAUGCCAUUUUUGCAACUGCUCUGAGAAAGAAAGAAAAAGAAAGAGACAUGUUUCUCAGGAAAAGCUCCAGCUAGCAUGUUUUUCACAUGUCAAUGGGAAGAUUGUGUGUGUGUGUGUGUGUUUGUGUGGUCUAAGUUCACAAUAUUUUUCUUGUUUCUCUGAAUCUUUUAUUUAACCAACUAGAUCACAUUCUUUGGCUCCAGGUCAGAUUCUGAGCUGCCUACCUCAAGACAGGGGAAGAGGCACAUAUCAGAGACCCCUCUCCAGGCAGCUGCUAUGUACAACCUCUUUCUAUGCUUAAGGCUCCAUCUGUCAAAUUAUUAUUUUUGAAAUUGCUUUUCAAAUCAAGCAUUUUACCCGUUGUGUUGGGUGUCAAAGGAGAGUGCUCUCUGAUGAGGCAAGAACAUGUCUCUCCAAUAAUGUAGUAUUAAACCGAGCAAGUUGUUAAUUUGUGAAGUGGGGAAAGGUUCUGCAAGUUGCCAUUGUACAGAUCCAUUUUUACAAAUGUUUGCAGCAGAUUCCACAGAACAAAGAGCCCAUUCACUACUGGGAGCCCUACAGAAUCUCAGAGCCAAGUGGCUGUGUGUUCCAAGCCAGAGCCUGACCUGUGGACCGCCUUUAAUGUCUUCUGCACCCAGUCCUUUUAGGACGUGGGCUUUUUUUAAACAGGGUAAAGUGAAUGUGUUGCAUUGCAAACUCAGGUAUUAUGAGGAGAAGGUAGGAGUGUAGCUAGCAGCGUGGAGACAUUAGGUCAGCCACUAGAUGUAUUUGUGAAUUUGGUUUGAAGGACACAGAGAAAGGUUGGAGAGGGAGGUUUGGUGUGUUUGUUUUUUGCCUUUCUUCCCAUGAUGUUUGGUUAACAGGUAGCCUUUUUGCUAGUGGAAGAAGAAAAAGUUGUGUGUAUUGUCUCUGAUUCCUUUCUCUUCUGUCCUCUCUCUAUCCCCAGCCACCACAAGCACUCACUCUGAGUGAGUUUUUCCACCAUAAAAAUAGGACCCUGAAAGCUGUGGGAAAGGAGAAUCCCACCUCCUUGCACUGCACUGAGACAUGUAAGCUUUCCCCCCUUUUCCCCUUUUAAACAUUUUCUUGAGACCUAAGACCAAAGUUUGGAAUCUGAGAAUAUCAUCUGUAAUUCAUGCUUUCCAGCUCCCUUUAGACUAAUCCUAGAGUCCUUGGCAAGGUUUGGUGGUCUUACCCCUUAUUCUGGAGAAAUUCCCCAGAACCUGUCUCAAAGCACUGUACCUGGCCCAGAGGGCACCCAGCCACCAUGCCCAAACCACAGGUGAGGUGGGCAAGCCUUCGGGGAUAGAGGGAAGCAGACAGGAACCUCCAUAUCCUGUUCCUUAGAGCCAGACAGGGAUAGAGGAAACCUAGGGGCCUCCGUGGCAUCACUGAAGUCACCCACUGCAUACCAGCUUGCCUCCCACCUGUCACCCGUUCUGCAGGGAGGCACCUGCCAUGUCACCUUCACCAUGGUGAAGAUCCUUAAAACCUAGACCUCUCUGGGCCAGCUGCUUGCUCUGCCACCCACUCUACCUUUGUUUACUUGUUCCUGAUAUCCUGGGGAGGGGGACUGAUGGAGAUGGACAGUUCCAAUGUGGGCAACAUCUAAGCCAUGUCCAGAGUUGGCCCAAAUAAGGGGACCGUGACCUCGUAGUAGGGCAGGAGGCUGAGCAGCUGUUCCAGGUCUUUAGCUCCACACACCUAGUCUGUGACUCUUUUUAAAUUUUUGCAGUUGUUUUAAGAGAUCCAAUCUUGCAGAUCAGUCCUUUUAUUAAACUUUGAAUUUUCCUUUGUUUUUUUUUUUAAAGUAAAAAAAGAAAAAAAACCCAAAAACUUAAAAAAAAAAAAAGCCACUACUGUUAAUUCCCUCCUUUUCCCUGUGAGUCUCCCGCCCCCCUCUGCCUUUGCCGUCAAUCGUCCUCCUCUUUGCUCUGCCUGAAGCCUCUCUGUCCAGUGUCUGUGAAGCGAUGUUUUAUCUUUGUCUCAGGAUGAGAAGCGGCAAUCAUUCUGCCAGGUGCUGGAAACUGGUUAGCCUCGAGACAGGUGUUUCUAGGGCCACAGCUCAGGGAUGUGUAUUUAAUUACAGGGUCCCCAGAAACCCCUCUUGGCUGCCACAAGCAACAUCCUCUUUUCUGGACUUGGGAGCCAGACCUGGACUGCUCCUCAGAGGCAGGAGCCCCCAGAGAGCCUGCUGAGUCUGGGAGCAAGCUGGACUUCCCCUGUGGCCAGAUCUAGGCUACUUUGAAACUUGAAACCUGUGGCUGUCCUGUGACAUGAGCCACAGUGGCCCUUCCUCUGCCAGCUCAUAAGGAGCAUGGUGUUUCCGUGCAGCCCAGGCCCUGUCUGGCCUCCCUCUUCUGGGCCUGCAGCCCCUAAAUGGGCCACAGCCCGCUUAGGAAUCCACAGCUUGGCUCGAAGGGGAGCUGUAAGGCCAGAGCCUGCUCCAAGCCCAAGAAAAAAGCUGUGAUUCUGGUGAAGGCUAGUCUUCCAAAUCCUGGAGCCAGCCCUGCCAGCCACAGGACUGUCUCCCCUUUGGUGACCGUUGUUUUCUUCCUCUGCAGUGUCUUAUGAUAGGUGAUAAUGUUGUUGACUCAAAUUUCCAUGGAAAAAAAAACAACCAACCAACCAAACAAAAACUACCUCUUGAGUGACAUCCUGGUAGAUUCCUCCCUGAGGAAUCCUGUGGGAAAAGAGAAUAUUGUAGCUCCUGCUCUGUUUACAUGUUUCUGUCGGGAAAGAAGCCCCGCCUGCCCUGGGAUGCUGGUGUUUUUGUCUGUGUUGCCAACCGGGCCCGUGAUAGGGGCUGUGGCUGCGUUGUAAUGUCUGGGCUGUGUCGGGGGAGGCCUUCCCACCUGCCCAGCCAGGAAGCAGCCACUCCCUUGGAAGGGCCUCUGUUCCUUUCCUAUGCUCCGAGGCAUGGAGAGCACACCUCCCACAAGCCCACCUUGUAGGGGCACUGGUGGCACAGAUAACAUGAGCCUGCCCUUGGACUACAUAUUCCAGGCCUGCCUCUGCCCACAGUCUUGUGUAGGAAUCCAGUAAAUGGGAUGUCUCUGAGCCCUUGUCCCCGUGGGGCCGGCCAAGGGCUGCCUGCCAGCCUGGCUCCAUCAGUCCUGCUUGGUCAAGUGUUAGUUGGCAGGCCACCCAGGCCCUCUGCUACCUCCCACCCUUGCCAGUGGGCAGGGGCUGGGCCCUGUUCUGUGAAUUGACUACCUGUGGAAAUGUGACCAAUUAGUGUGAAAUGCAUGUUUAGCAAGUGUUAGGUACUGUAUUUGAACCAAUAAAUGUGAAUCCUUCUGCACAUGGCA